AUGCCCGAUGGAAUUCCUGAUCCAUCAACCGAAACACCUGAAGCAGCCGCAGCGAGCAAGGGCGGCGACAGGGGCAAGGGCAAGGGCAGCUUUGGCUCCCGCAUGGAGCUGCAAGCCCAGUCAGGCAUGGGAAAGUGCAAGAAUACGAAGGGGGCAGGUCUAGAUCGAAGAGCCGGCGGCGCCGCGAUCGCAGGGCUCAAGCUUCUAAGCUUGGAGGGGCAGACUUGGCUUGACUUGACGGCGAGCACGAGCCGUUCGCGAUCCAACCGCUCCCGCUCCAAGCGCCGGGGCCGGGGCGCUGGAGUUCUGAUGGGCUGGCUGGGGUCCCACUUGCUAGCAAAGCACAAAGGAACCAACUCGAAGGGGAGGAUUUGCUGCAGCUGUGCUCCCGGCCUAGCCCAUGGCCGCUCCGCGACCGGCCAGCGCAUCCGCAUGGAUGUUGUCCAAUACAAUGCUGCCCUCAGCUCCCAUGCGAAAGGCAGCGACUGGGAGGAAGCGCUCCGCCUCUUCGAGGCCCUACCGGAGGCAAGUCUCCAGGCGACGGAAGUGUCGUACACUGCUGCCCUCACCGCCUGCGCGCGAGGCGGCUGGUGGCAGCACGCACUGGAGCUGCUGGCAGAGGUGGACAGCGUGCGCCUGCAGAGCAACGUCUUCACCUUCGGUGCUGCCCUGGGCGCCCUCGGAGGGUGGCUCCAGGCUUUGGACCUCCUAGGAGACCUCCCCCGCCGAGCUCUCCGUGCCAACGUCGUGGUCCUGAGCAGUGUCAUCAGCACCUGCACAGGAGAAUGGCGGCAGGCUCUGGCGCUCCUUCAAGAACUUCGAGAUCUUCAUCUACAGCCCAACGUCAUCACCUACAACGCCGCAAUCUCCGCAUGCGGAGGCUCUGCGCAAAGGCUUGAAGCCCUCCAACUCCUGUCCGAACUUCGGGCGGAGCGGCUGAGACCCACAGCCGUGACAUACAGCGCCAUGAUCAGCGCAUGCCAGGAGCGAUGGCAGGAAGCACUCAAUCUCCUCACCCAACUGCACAAGGACACCCUUGAGGCCAGCAUCGUGGCAUUCGGCGCGGCGGCCGCUGCGCUUGCCAUCGCAGGCCCACUUGUCCCCAAGCCUGGUCGUCUGCAGCUGCAGCAUCCGCGCCUGCGAAGUGGCUGCCUGUUGGCAGCAGGCCCUGGACCUCUUCCAUCACCUUGGCCGCCAGCGGUUGGAGGCCGACAGUAUCGCCUUCAGCACGACCCUGAGCGCCAUCGCUUCCGGCGACUGGCCUCAUGCACAGGCUUUGCUUGCAGAAUGGCCUUCUGA